AACUUCUGCAACUUUCUGCAGCUAUCAGGCAUUUGUAUUCCGGCCACCUUAGCUCUGUUUAGCACACAACAGUACCUAUAAACCUUCAUCAAGGGCACGCAGAAGCUGCCUGGACAGACCAGUUAUAGCCUUCUCCAUCAUUUGUCGGGAGCUGCAGCAAAUCAUCUGCAACAUGUCGCACCUGAGCAUCCUGACCUUCAAAUACAAUCUAGCGAAGCUCCGGUUCAAGCCCUCCCGGCCGGCCGGACGGCUGCUGUCCGCCAGGGACCGGCAGCAGUCGGACCUGAUGAUGUACAAGCCUGACGAGGAGGAGAUGGCCAAGGUGUUCGACAAGAUCGCCGGCGAGCCUGGCCGGAUCUCGAGGAGCGACCUCCAGGUGCUCUUGCAGAGGUUCGAGAAGGCGGACGCCGCGGGCGAGGCGCGGCGCAUGGUCUGCGCCGCCGACAGCAACAAGGACGGGUACAUGGACCUGGAGGAGUUCAUGGAGGUGCACAGGAACGGCGUCCAGCUGGGCGACAUACGCCGGGCCUUCUUCGUGUUCGACAGGGACAGGGACGGCAAGAUCACCGCGGAGGAGGUGAUGGACGUCCUGCGCAGGCUCGGGGACAGCUGCAGCCUUGAGGACUGCCGGAGGAUGGUGAAGGAGAUCGACAGGAACCAUGACGGGUUCGUGGACAUGGAUGACUUCAUGGCCAUGAUGACUCGCCCGAGGAAGAGGAUGUAAACAUUUGUGGGUCAAGCAAAAGCCUACGUCUGGUGCCAACGCUGGUUUAGCUCGUCUCCAUUGCGUGUAACAUAAACUGAAACAUGUAAACACCAGGAAGAAUAAAUAAAGUAAACGCCCCUAUGCUUCUAAGCUUAA